ACAGCCUUUUUUUUACAUUUAAACGACUUUGAAAAUUAAGCCAAAGAGAAAAUAAACUGAUAAUUUGUUAACAAAAUAUGCUUAAAUCGAAUCGAAUCCAGGCCCUUUUGGGUCUGUUAGCUUUAUAUCUAUGCUGUAGCAUAGAUUCAACACAAGCCCAAGAAAAUGCCCAACUACAAAUACCUCCCUCUUUGGUGGAGUGCUACAAUACCUCCUACUAUAUGGAUCGUUCCAAUCGUUUGCCCGCAAAUAUUGAAACUCUUAUAACGCUCAUAGAAAAAGUAGAGAAUUCGUAUGGUUUCAAUCAGGAUAUGCGCCAAUUGGCUGUUUCAUUGACACAUCGUUUUCGUCAGGAUGGCAUACAAAGAGCUAACGGAGUAACCGCCAAUCCAGGUGUUAUACCCUACAGUCCUACCGGUUUCCAGUUUCCCAAAUUUCGCAUUUUACUGCAACGUUUAAUACCAGGCAAUGCCUUUAAUUUCCCCAACAAUUCGCUCACCAGUGAGGAGAGAUGCUCUCUGCACUUUAUGCUUUCCAGUUCGUUUGAUACACGUGUCAGAGGCGAUGAGAAUACCGUAUGCAGCAAUUUGGCUCAAUAUAGAGCCCAACGUUUACCACGAGCUCCCAAUAAUCCUCAGCAAAGACGCAGUAAUUUCAUAGGAGAUGUGGAAAUUUUGGAUAGCAUACAAUCUGAAGCAGCUAAACGUGGUGCUCCUUUGCAAUCAGGUCCACGUGUUAAUCCCAAUGCCAAGUCAUAUGACUACGAAUAUGGCUGGAGUGAUUAUGGCUAUAAUAAUAAUGGCGGCAGUAGUAAUAGCAUCAGCCAGUGUCCGGUGGAAAAUGGUGUAAUACGUACGCAAUGGGGCACUGUGGCCGCUGGUACUUUAUUAGCAGGCAUUGCUGCUGGUCUGCAACCCCAGACAGUGCCCUUGAGAACUCUAUUAUCCAUGGCCUCACGUCGCAAUGGUUACCAAAAUAUGCCUCAAAUAGCCACCGUUAACGUAGACAAUAGAUGGGCCGCCACUGUAGCUGGUGAUUUGGCUGAGGUGGCUUUGGUGCAAGUACCGGUUUCAACUAACGAACAGGCCACCGUGGGUGCCAUUGGUGCCUGGAAUAGCACCGUUAUGCCCAAAUGGUAUUUCCUUUCCCAGCGACAGAACCUAGAGAUGACCGAUGCUGAAAUUCGUGGUGGCAUUGAUGGUCUUAUUUUGGCCCUCAACAUUGCCCAAUGGCGUAAUCAAGUGAGCACUUUGAAAUUGUCCCAAUUGCUGCGCAUGUACUAUUCAUUGGAUGGUGUUUUGGGCAGCGGCAUUAUGGCCUGCAAUCGCAUGACUACCUUCCAAGGUAUUACCAAUUAUCAGCAAACCAUGAUGGCUCAGACUUCAGCUUUUGCCCAGGUUUUGGAUCGUGAAAUGCAAUUGGUGGUUACCUUGUCACCGGAUUCUAUUGCCAAUUUCUCGCUAUCGGCCACCAAUGCUUUGAUCAGUUAUUUGCCCAUGAAUGAUCCUUUGUGUUCGGUAAGCAGUGCUUUGCCUCAGGAUGUCUCACAAACCAUAACACCCAUGACAAAUAUCUAUGUGUAUAUGGAUACCACUUGGCCAUUCUAUCAAGUGCAGGAUUAUGUCAACUAUGUCCUGGACAAUUUAAAUAUCAAUCCUUAUGCCAGUUCUGUGACUUUGCUAGCGGCAGCAGAUGGUUCCAUUAUAGUUAAUACCACCAAUUAUAUUACGGAUAUAUUCCAGGGUUGGAAUUAUACCACACACAAUAACUAUACCCAGGGCUUUAAUUUGCCCAUAGUUUUGCAAAGCAUACAAAAUAUGACCUAUCAGUAUAUGAACAGUCAACAGGCCAAUUCUACGGUGGGCGGACGCUCUUUGAUAGCUUUAAUGGUGCCCUAUAUGGCAACAGUUAGUGCUUCGGAUUCGAAUUAUGCCACCAACCAGUUGCAAACCAUUAACGAACAAGUACCCGAUCUACGUUUUAUUUAUUAUGCUGGCGGCACUAUUACACGUUUCUCCUCGUUUGUGCUGAAUCCCACUAAGGAUUUGUUCUCCCUGAGCCCCUCUUCAAGUGCAGCCACGGCCGGAGGUCCUGUGGUCAUGAGAAUUAAAAAGAUACCACGCCGUUUAACCAAUCCUCGCUGUGGAUCCUCUUGGUAUACAUCCACUUGGGGCACUGAUCAAUUGCCACAAUAUGCCCGUCCUGGUGUCACCAAUUUUUAUCGCAUGAUGCCUAAUUAUUUCUAUGGUGCUGGCAGUGGUCGUUACUUGAAUAUACAAUCACAAAAUUCAGUGCAAUUUACAGUGUGCACCUCACGCUCCGUGGAACUGCCCCAACAAAAUGCCACCUCCAGCAAUUCGGAUGUCACCUGCAGCCAAUUGCAGGGCAAUACCUUUUCAUAUGAUUUAUCAAAUGCCUGCAAUGGUUACUACACCAUACAUCAAUGUCCUCCUCUCUAUGUAUCGGUACAGGCUCCAUCCACCUCAUCUUCUUCCUCGUCUUCGUCUGGUUUUGGCAACGGUGGCAGCUCAUACGCCACUAUCUGCACCGAUGCUGCCUGCCAAACACCCGAUCAAGCCCGCUAUGUAAUGUCAGUGGUUAAUUUGGGCUGCUAUAGUGGUGUGUCUGCUUUAACGGCCAGUUUUGCCACCCUUGUCCUGGUGUAUUUGUUGAGUAAACUUUUCUAAAUUAUUUACGCAAUUUGAUCAAAAUUAUCUUUGUAACCCAGUUCAUUAUUGAACCCAACAAACUGAGUCAAACCAUCUAUAUUUUUCAAUUAUUAAGCGAAUCAUUUUCACCUAGUUUUUAUUUCUAUAAAUAUUACCAAGGAAAUCGUUUUUUCUUUUUAUUUCUUUUACAUUUAUCACGACUACACAAUUUUACAAUAUAUAAUUUUAUGUUUAUUUUAAUUUAAUAUUUAAGUAAAAUUUAUAUAAAAGCAAAAACUUUUUCUAAUAAAACUUUUAACUUAAAGAAAAUUGGAUUUAAUCCAAAACAAAACAGA